CCGAUUAAAACUAUAACCGAAUACUGAUUAGUUAAUAAUCUCAGAUCUAUAUCGUUAUUUUUAUGUGGAGCAAUUAUUAAUUUCAAAUACAGCGGCCGGAACCCUUCGUACUUGGAAACAAGUAGCUUCAUUUCGGAAAACACGAGAGCAUAAGAUUCUGCGCGAUGGAUGCCAGUAUUCUCGCAGCCAUGGACAAAGAGGCACUGAAAAAGCAGAUCGAAAACAUGAAGUACCAGGCCUCCAUGGAACGCUGGCCGCUAUCGAAAAGCAUUGCAGCAAUGAGAGAAUACGUAGAGGAAAAUGAGAAAAAUGAUCCUCUUAUACACGCCCCAGACAAGAAAAACAACCCUUGGGCCGAGAAAGGGAAAUGCAUCAUCAUGUAAUCAUAAUCUAAGUAAAAACAACAAAAAAAUAUCACCAAAAAUUCUAAAAGACAUUAUAUCGUUUUGGCACGACGAAAUCGUUAUUGGUCUGGUCCGAUCCACCGGCGCAAUUGCAGAUAAAAGUAAGAUUGAAAAGAAGUAACAAACGAAAUUGAACAUUCGCAACUGCCAGACAAUAUAAAGAAAAAUAGUAAAAUAGAAACAAGUCAGAACGAAGAACGCUAGCCUUGCCAAAACACCAGUUCGAUUCGUUUUACCAGAGAUUCCAUAAAAACGGUUUUCGUUCCCCAAGAUAAUCUAGUCCUCAUAAUAAAAAUAAUGUAAGGAAUGUACAUUUUGACUGUGCGCGUCGCAAGUAUGUACUUAUGAGUGUUUUGUUAAAAGGAUUAAAAAUGGUUGUAAAUACGUUAAAUUUUGUAUUUCUAGUAAAGUAACGUUCGGUCGGGUCUAUCGGUAGAGGAUAAAAUGGAAAAGUUAAUGUGGGAGGAGUUAAAAUUGUAAAUUUAAACUUAAACAUGACAAUGUAUGUUCAUACCGACGUAUUUUACUUUGAAGUUGAGAGAUUUUAAUUUGAUGGGGAAACGCCUUGAAAAUGUUUAAAAUAGAGUAAUAUGAUUGAGGAAUCCAAGCACUUCCACGCAAAGAAAAGCAACUUCCUCUAAGAAAUUUGCGUGGAUCUGCUUUGGAUUCUAAUUUAAACAGACGAAGUACGCAGAACUUUGUUGAACUGCUUCGGGUAGUUUAGUUACAUAAACCGUAAGUUUUUCUCAUAUUUUGGUCGUGAACAGAAACUUUGCCAUCGCGAUAGUUUUAAAACACAGUUAAAUGUGAAGAUUCAUUGAGCUCGUGAAUCUUUAGAUUUAAACGAUUAAAUAUAAAAUAAUUAUAGUUAAAAUAUAGGGUAUAAUCGCACAUCACAACUUAACAUCUAUUUGCUGGAUCACAGAAAUACGAAUAACAACCAUGAAUUUAAAUUAGGUAUUGGCAAUAAAGAAAUCUUAGGCGAAGUGUUAAAAUGACGAAAUGUUAAAUGUAGCGCAGUGAAAAUUAAUCUUAAGGUAACUUUCAUGAAUAAAUGCGACAUAAUCUUGUUUGAAACAAAAGUAAUGAUAAGUUGAUAUAGGAUACUUUUUUAUGAACACAGGUACAUUCCGCAGUGCCAUUAACUAGUAAUGCUUCUACUAAAUAAAUCUUAGCGUCUUAUCUUCUACGCUCCUCAUAAGCUUCGUUAUGUAUGUUUCAUUAUUUAUGACCCCUCUAUAUAUCCUCGUAUUGUCCUUUUCUGCAUUAUCUUUCCACAUUAUGAUUGGUUUGAGUUCAUCUUCCCCUUCCCAAAUAUUUAAAAUUAGAAAAAUAAAUCUAUUAACUAUGACUUUAAAUCUAGCACUUGAUUAGCUUAGUAUUAAUUCAAGAUAUAAAUUGAAAUAAACUUUACCUAUGUCACGAAAAUUAUUCGCGAGCUAUCGUAGUUUCCAAAAUAAACUUCUUCUAAAUUAUAUCUAAGAUUAACGGGUCUGAAUUGCUAAAAUUCCUCUUGAUUAUAAUAUACAUCUCCAAAGGUGGUGUUGUAUUAAUUAGGAGGUCUAAUAGCUUCACAACCUCGCGUAGUGCUAUUGAUCUAACAUUCCAUUAAAAUGGAAUGACCUUUAAUCCUAAUUUUGAAUAAAAUAGAAAAUUUAAACUUACGCACGGUAGGUAAUUAUAGAUUAAAUUAAAAUCUAACCUAAAAUUAUAAACAUAAAUUUAUAAAAAAAAAAACCUUCCUCCUUACCAUUUCUAGACACGAACUAUGGAGAAUCAUUCUGGCUGUGAGUAUUUCCCAUUUGUUUAGAUGCUUAUCAUUGUCGUUUGUCCGAAAUUUUGCUAAAACCGACAAUAAAUUGUUAUCGCGGACUAACUUCUUAAAUGAUUUCAUCUUUGCAAUUUUGUCCCCCCUUAAAAAUCUCAUGUCAAUUUCUAAUUCAUUAUUUGUUCCUACGUCCAUCACUUCAUCUAUUUUCAAACUAUGCUCAUCUUCUUCAUCUACUUCUUCUUCCUCAUUAAUAAGUUUCACUUAUACGUUCAUUGAAACUGUCCUUUCUUAGUCGAGAAUAGAUUUAAACAUAGGAAGUUAGAGAGUAAUUCGUAGUCUUAGUUAUAAAUUAAAAGCAAAAAAUCAAAGUUGUUUGUUAAAUUACACGAUAAAAGUUGCAAUUCAGAGAAUUAGCCGUAGUUAUAUAAAAGAAAAUAAUAAAAAUGUAACGAGUUGAUUUAAAAAUGUUCUAGUAAAUAAAUUAAGGGAUCUCAGUCGAGAGUUUGAACGCGAUGACAAAGUUCUGUUUGACCACAAUCACUUAAGCGAGUACAACAGUAUAUACAUUUUCAAGGUGGUCCUCUUUAAAAUAAUAUAUUAUUGCGUGUUUUGUUUUUAAUAUAUAAUAGUUUAUUUUAUUUCUAAGUUUUUUUGUUUGAAUUAAGUAAACCAAAGAUUUUUUGACUUCCUUCUUGGGCAGUUCUGUCCUUCCUAAUCAACAAGUACAUUUGUAUUAAAUACUUCGUCAUAUAUGUGUGUGUGCAAUAAAUAAGUUGUAACCAUGUGACG